AUGAGUUCGAGUCGGUCAAUGGAGCUAAUGUGUGAGAGAGGAGGGGAGAGAGCAGCCAAAGGGGAAGGGGAGAGGGAGGGUGGGGAGGAGUCUUACGUGGAGGCGCGGGCAGCACCGGUAGCGUGUAAGGGGGCGCGGGCGGCGGUCGCGGGGGGCGCGGGCGCGGCGGUCCGCCGGGGGCGCGGGGCGGCGGUCGCGGGGGCGCGGGCGGCGGUCGCGGGGGCGCGGGCGGCGGUCGCGGGGGCGCGGGCGGCGGUCGCGGGGGCGCGGGCGGCGGUCGCGGGGGCGCGGGCGGCGGUCCGCGGGGGGCGCGGGGCGGCGUCGCGGGGGGCGCGGGGCGGCGGUCGCGGGGGCGCGGGGCGGCGGUCGCAGGGGGGCGCGGGCGGCGGUCGCGGGGGCGCGGGCGGCGGUCGCGGGGGCGCGGGCGGCGGUCGCGGGGGCGCGGGCGGCGGUCGCGGGGGCGCGGGCGGCGGUCGCGGGGGCGCGGGCGGCGGUCGCGGGGGCGCGGGCGGCGGUCGCGGGGGCGCGGGCGGCGGUCGCGGGGGCGCGGCGGCGGUCCGCGGGGGGCGCGGCGCGGUCGCGGGGGCGCGGGCGGCGGUCGCGGGGGCGCGGGCGGCGGUCGCGGGGGCGCGGGCGGCGGUCGCGGGGGCGCGGGCGGCGGUCGCGGGGGCGCGGGCGGCGGUCGCGGGGGCGCGGGCGGCGGUCGCGGGGGCGCGGGCGGCGGUCGCGGGGGCGCGGGCGGCGGUCGCGGGGGCGCGGGCGGCGGUCGCGGGGGCGCGGGCGGCGGUCGCGGGGGCGCGGGCGGCGGUCGCGGGGGCGCGGGCGGCGGUCGCGGGGGCGCGGGCGGCGGUCGCGGGGGCGCGGGCGGCGGUCGCGGGGGCGCGGGCGGCGGUCGCGGGGGCGCGGGCGGCGGUCGCGGGGGCGCGGGCGGCGGUCGCGGGGGCGCGGGCGGCGGUCGCGGGGGCGCGGGCGGCGGUCGCGGGGGCGCGGGCGGCGGUCGCGGGGGCGCGGGCGGCGGUCGCGGGGGCGCGGGCGGCGGUCGCGGGGGCGCGGGCGGCGGUCGCGGGGGCGCGGGCGGCGGUCGCGGGGGCGCGGGCGGCGGUCGCGGGGGCGCGGGCGGCGGUCGCGGGGGCGCGGGCGGCGGUCGCGGGGGCGCGGGCGGCGGUCGCGGGGGCGCGGGCGGCGGUCGCGGGGGCGCGGGCGGCGGUCGCGGGGGCGCGGGCGGCGGGGGGGGCGGGCGGCGGUCGCGGGGGCGCGGGCGGCGGUCGCGGGGGCGCGGGCGGCGGUCGCGGGGGCGCGGGCGGCGGUCGCGGGGGCGCGGGCGGCGGUCGCGGCGGCGCGGGCGGCGGUCGCGGCGGCGCGGGCGGCGGUCGCGGCGGCGCGGGCGGCGGUCGCGGCGGCGCGGGCGGCGGUCGCGGGGGCGCGGGCGGCGGUCGCGGGGGCGCGGGCGGCGGUCGCGGCGGCGCGGGCGGCGGUCGCGGCGGCGCGGGCGGCGGUCGCGGCGGCGCGGGCGGCGGUCGCGGGGGCGCGGGCGGCGGUCGCGGGGGCGCGGGCGGCGGUCGCGGCGGCGCGGGCGGCGGUCGCGGCGGCGCGGGCGGCGGUCGCGGCGGCGCGGGCGGCGGUCGCGGCGGCGCGGGCGGCGGUCGCGGGGGCGCGGGCGGCGGUCGCGGGGGCGCGGGCGGCGGUCGCGGCGGCGCGGGCGGCGGUCGCGGCGGCGCGGGCGGCGGUCGCGGCGGCGCGGGCGGCGGUCGCGGCGGCGCGGGCGGCGGUCGCGGCGGCGCGGGCGGCGGUCGCGGCGGCGCGGGCGGCGGUCGCGGCGGCGCGGGCGGCGGUCGCGGCGGCGCGGGCGGCGGUCGCGGCGGCGCGGGCGGCGGUCGCGGCGGCGCGGGCGGCGGUCGCGGCGGCGCGGGCGGCGGUCGCGGCGGCGCGGGCGGCGGUCGCGGCGGCGCGGGCGGCGGUCGCGGCGGCGCGGGCGGCGGUCGCGGCGGCGCGGGCGGCGGUCGCGGCGGCGCGGGCGGCGGUCGCGGCGGCGCGGGCGGCGGUCGCGGCGGCACGGGCAAGGGCCUUGUCACAAUUAUUGGCCCGUCCGCCCUUCCCCUGCCUGUCGCGUCGCCCGUCCGCCCUUCCCCUGCCUGUCGCGUCGCCCGUGCGGGCUGCCCCAACCCGUCGCGUCGCCCAUCCGCCCUGCCUGCCCGCGCGUCGCCUCUGCCUGCCUGCGCGCCGCUCCUGCCUGCCCCGCGUCGCGCCGCCCCGCGCACGCCACCCACGCGCCCACCCUUGCAGCCUGCGCACCGCCCGUCUACAGCCCGCGCGCCGCUCUGCUGGCAGCGCGCUGCCCUUUGCAGCCCUUGCGCCGCCCUUGCAGCCCGCGUGCUGCCCCCUGUGAAGAAAUGA